AUGUCGGUUGACUCUUCAGUGAAAGUUGGUGUUCGUGUAAGACCGCUUUCAUCAAACGAGGUGCAAGAUGGUUGCUCAUCUUGUCUGUCCUAUCCGUUCGAAUCGGAUCGCAUAAUGAUCGGGAGGGAUAAAUUAUUCUCUUUCGAUUUUGUUUUCGACGAAUCCACAUCUCAGAGGACCGUGUAUACGAAGGCUGCGUUCCCGAUGGUUGAUUGUGUUCUGAAAGGAUACAAUGCCACUUUGUUCGCUUAUGGUCAAACGGGAAGUGGAAAAACAUAUACUAUGGGUACCUGCGCUAUCGAAAAUUUUACUGACGUAAACGUUGGCAUCGUACCUCGCAUUGUACAUGAUAUCUUUGAUCGGAUGCCCAUGUUUCCAUUCGAUUACACAGUCCGUGUCUCUUUUCUCGAGAUCUACAAGGAAGAUAUCCUCGACUUACUGUCAGAGGAUGUCACUGCCCCGCUUCCGAUUCGAGAAGAUAAUCAAGUUAUCAAAAUCCCCGGGCUAACCGAGCGCAUUGUGGGUUGUUCUGAGGAGGUACUUGCCCUGCUUCAAUCAGGAUCAACCAAGCGCAGUGUAGGAGGCACAGCUAUGAAUAGUCAAUCCAGUCGAAGUCAUGCCAUUUUUACCUUACAUUUUUUGCUACGUCCUAAGGAGCCCACGCCAGGAGAGAAGCCAAGAAAAGAUCCUGCGGAACCGCCGGAGGCAUCCGAUGAAUUGUCUCCCGGCGAGACCUUGACAGCGAAACUUCAUCUGGUGGAUUUAGCCGGUUCAGAACGGAUCAAGAAAACGCACGCCGAAGGGGAUCGACUGAAGGAAGGUAUUAAUAUUAAUCGUGGACUCCUGGCUCUGGGGAAUGUGAUCAGUGCUCUGUGUGAAAAAGAUGCCAAAAAGCGCUCACACAUCCCCUAUCGUGAUUCUCGACUAACGCGCCUGUUGCAGGACUCGUUGGGCGGCAAUAGUACCACUCUAAUGCUGGCUUGUGUGGGCCCAGCGGACAGUAAUAUGGAAGAGACAUUGAACACACUCCGGUGA